AUGGAUAGUAUCAAAGCACCAACAACCCAACCAUUACCUAAUAACAUGUCAACCAGAAUUUUAAGCUGUUUGUCUACAAUGGAAGGCACAACAACGAAGAAAGCACAACUACCUUAUCUCGGUCAGGACAUACUUUUGAAGAUAUUUACUAAGAGUGAUCCAAAGACGGUGGGAAAAUGUAGAUGCUUAAACAAGACGUGGAAUGGUAGGCUAUCUACUCCAAUGUUUGCCAAGCAGAAUUGGUUCGAGAACAAAGACAAGAAUAGGAAUGUAAUUAUUGGAGUUGGUCUUCCAUCUAUGGAAGAAAAUUCCAUAUGGUUUACAAGAACCAAUGUCGAUUGUCCUCAGCAGAUCCCUCUAAACAUUCCGGUUGUAAUAAAUCAAUUCGGUUGGUACUCGAUUAUUGGUUCUUGCCACGGUGUGCUCUGUAUACGGUUCUCUCAAAAAGGAUUGGAUUCCAAUCUCCUAAUUUGGAAUCCAUUAAUUCAACAAUUCCAUACUGUUUCUGAUGAGGCAAGGCAGCACUGUUGCCAUGUAGUUUCUCUUUAUGCAUUUGGGUUCCUAAACCAUUCAAUGGAAUAUUGA